AUGGCGGCGCUCUCUCCUAAGCACGCCCCAGAUAUUCCUGAUGACAGCACUGACAACAUCACUAUAUUUACCAGAAUCUUAGAUCGUCUUCUAGAUGGCUAUGACAACCGGCUGCGACCUGGUCUUGGAGAUGCAGUAACUGAAGUGAAGACUGACAUCUAUGUAACCAGUUUUGGCCCUGUGUCGGACACUGACAUGGAGUACACCAUUGAUGUAUUUUUUCGACAGACAUGGCAUGAUGAAAGACUUAAAUUUGAUGGACCCAUGAAGAUCCUUCCCCUGAACAAUCUCCUGGCUAGUAAGAUCUGGACACCUGACACCUUCUUUCACAAUGGCAAGAAAUCAGUAGCCCAUAACAUGACCACACCUAACAAGCUGCUCAGACUGGUGGACAAUGGAACGCUCCUCUACACAAUGAGAUUAACAAUUCAUGCUGAGUGCCCCAUGCAUUUGGAAGAUUUUCCUAUGGAUGUACAUGCCUGCCCACUGAAGUUUGGAAGCUAUGCCUAUACAACAGCUGAAGUGGUUUAUUCGUGGACUCUUGGGAAGAACAAAUCUGUGGAAGUAGCACAGGAUGGCUCCCGCCUGAAUCAGUACGACCUGCUGGGCCAUGUUGUUGGGACAGAGAUAAUCCGGUCUAGUACAGGAGAAUAUGUCGUCAUGACAACCCACUUCCAUCUCAAGCGAAAAAUUGGCUACUUUGUGAUCCAGACCUACUUGCCAUGUAUCAUGACUGUCAUUCUGUCACAAGUGUCUUUCUGGCUCAACAGAGAGUCUGUCCCUGCCCGCACGGUCUUUGGUGUCACCACUGUUCUCACCAUGACCACCUUGAGUAUCAGUGCCAGAAACUCCUUACCUAAAGUGGCAUACGCGACGGCCAUGGAUUGGUUCAUAGCCGUCUGUUAUGCCUUUGUAUUUUCUGCGCUGAUUGAAUUUGCCACUGUUAACUACUUCACCAAGCGGAGUUGGGCUUGGGAAGGCAAGAAGGUGCCAGAGGCCCUGGAGAUGAAGAAGAAAACACCAGCAGCCCCAACAAAGAAAACCAGCACCACCUUCAACAUCGUGGGAACCACCUAUCCCAUCAACCUGGCCAAGGACACUGAGUUCUCCACCAUCUCUAAGGGCGCUGCUCCCAGUGCCUCCUCAACCCCAACAAUUAUUGCUUCACCCAAGACCACCUACGUGCAGGACAUCCCAACUGAGACCAAGACCUACAACAGUGUCAGCAAGGUUGACAAAAUUUCCCGCAUCAUCUUUCCUGUGCUCUUUGCCAUUUUUAAUCUAGUCUAUUGGGCCACCUAUGUCAACAGGGAGUCAGCUAUCAAGGGCAUGAUCCGCAAACAAUAG